AUGGCCGAGGUCAAGAAUCUUUUAGAACACGACACAGUUCUUCCGGGCGGCGGUGAAUUCAAGUUCCCCAAAGAAAGGUUCUGGCUCCAUUGCCAUAGUACCUUCCUGACGGAGCAGUCAAGUACGAGUCCAGCACUGGAUUAUGAGGGCAAAGAGAUAAAGAAGGACGACAAAACCAUCACCAUCCAAGAGCUGGACGCUUACCAAAAAGCAAUCGAUAAGGAGCCAAACGUCAAACCGUGGUGGUCCGGCACGAACACGGACCAGAACGGCUACUACUUCUCGGAGGAUGGCCGCAACUACUGCCAGGGCGAUCACCUCGGUGUCACCGCGUCAAUCAAGCUACUUCAAGCUGAGGGCGGCCAAGCUGUGACCAAACCUGAGAUAGCCUCCGUCAUCCUCUGUCCGUACGCCUUCGACAAUACCAGGAACCCAGACAACUAUCGCGAUGCAAACGCCAAGCUGAAAAAGGACGUACGUCUGGAAGAUGUCUUGCCCAAGAGUACAACCCUUGUCCACGAGGCCUUCCACGCCGUCCAUGGGGACAAGUUCCUUGCGGGCAGCGAUGAGAAAUGUGCGUAG